UUCCCCGGUCGCUCCGCCCCGCCGCCCGCGCUCUGCACAGUGCGCGCCGCGUGCCCGCCUCCCGCCACAACCCCCCACCCGCUGUGCCCUUAGGGGGGCACCCCCACUGGGGCGGGAGGAUGGUCCGCCGUGCCCCGGUCGCCGAGUGACGGAGAGGUGACGGUAGCCGCCUUCCCAUUUCCGCCCGGCCCGCAGCGCGGCAGGGUGAGUGCCAGCGGAGGCGCUCGGUCCUGCCUCCGCCCUCCCGCGCCGGGGGCUGGCCUUGCCUCGCCGGCGCCUUUUUCCCCCCGCACCGCGGCGCCGCUUCGCCACUCGGGCACCGCAGGUAGGGCAGGAGGCUGGAGUUCCUGCUGCCCGCCGCCCGUAAAAUGGUCACCUCGGCUGGACAGCUCGCCGCGUUCGCUCUGGGUCUUUUGUUGGCUGUGUGCCAGGCCCUGGAGAACACCACGUCUGCCCUGAGUGCCGACCCGCCUGUGGCCGCCGCUGUGGUGUUCCAUUUUAAUGAAUGCCCAGAUUCCCACAGUCAGUUCUGCUUCCAUGGAACCUGCAGGUUUUUGGUGCAGGAGGACAAGCCAGCAUGUGUCUGCCAUUCUGGGUACGUCGGUGCACGCUGUGAGCAUGCAGACCUCCUGGCAGUGGUGGCCGCCAGCCAGAAGAAACAGGCUAUCACCGCCUUGGUGGUGGUCUCCAUCGUGGCCCUGGCUGUCCUCAUCAUUGUGUGUGUGCUGAUACACUGCUGCCAGGUCCGAAAACACUGUGAGUGGUGCCAGGCCCUCAUCUGCCGACAUGAGAAGCCCAGUGCCCUCCUGAAGGGAAGGACUUCUUGCUGCCACUCAGAAACGGUGGUCUGAAGAGCCCAGAGGAGGAGUCCGGCCAGGUAGAGUGCAGCAGCCUAAUGAAGAAAGGACUUCUUCAGAUGGCACGACGAGGGAUGCCUGGGACGUGCCGCCAGACCUUCCUGCUCUGUCUGCAAACACCUGUGCAGCCUUUCUGUCUUUCGUGGGCCUUCCUUCAAAACUGUCAAGAACUCUGUCUGCUUGGGGUUGUUUGGUGUGACCUAGAGAAGAAAUCAGUGGACCACUAUUUAAAGACUUGGUCAAAAAAGAAAUGCAAAGGGGUGGACUUCCUGUUUACCUGGCUAAGGUGUGUGCCCAUCAGCACUGGGGCCCAGGUGUGUGUAGCUGUCUUCUGCCAGUCACCAAUGCUGGGCUGUGUUACUUUCUAGAGGGCCCAUCUCUCCACAACAGAAUCCAUCCUGCCCAACACUAGAGAUUCCUAUAGUUGUUACAGUUUUUUCUCAUCAGCUUGUUGGGCAAGAAGGUGGAGAAUGAAUAACUGCUUAUUGUGACAGGAAGAUGCUAAGGAUAAGAGGAGCCAUGUCUGCCCUCUGUCUGCCAGACCCUCAACCAGCCUGGUGUUUUCCACAGAUAUGCGAUGCUGAGGACCUUCCCAAGCCCUCACCACCCUCGGAGAUAAUUUCUUAUUUAUUAGAGUGAUGAUGGUUUUAUUUUUCAUCUCUUUAGUCAAUGUAAAAAGCAUAAAACCCUUAGACUGCUACAAUCAUGAUGUCUGCAUUGCUGGCUGAAAAGCUGUACUGAUUAGGAAUAUCAUGCCUCUUUGGGACAGCUAAGGCUUGGGAAAAGCCCCCCAGGGAAUACAGCAAUGGAAGCAGAGGAUGAGGUGCUGAUAGGAGCAAAGACUGGGGUUCAGAGGUUGUGCCAUUUCAGCAGGUAGAUGCCCCUGAGACAUUCCAGUAGAAAAGUCAGCACAUCCUGCAGCAGAGAUUUGUCCCCUCUGCUAGGAGAGUGAGGCAGAGAAUGCCUGUGUGUGCAUCUCUACAGGGUAAAUGCAGUGGGCACCACACCGCUCUGUAAUUAAACAUGACCACUUCCCAGGCAGCUCCCCAAAGGUCUGUAAAGAAAUGGAGCAUUAGCAGAGAGCCACACACAUUUAGGGUCACAGCCAUUAUAGGGGGACGGUGGGGGUGUGGGGGCAGUCAUUCAUUUUCCGUGUUACCUGGUUUGUUGCUCUAUUUAUAAAAGGAGAAAUUUAAUUUUCCUCCUUAUUUGCAGGCAUUAGGAGAAAUACUCCAGUUCUUUUCUCCCUUUUCCAUUCAAGAUGCUGGUUUUUUAAACAAAAACUCUCACAAGCCACUUCCACCAUAUGAGUCCCACUUUCCCCUCUGAGGAGCAGCUGUUCUGGGCAUCUGGCUGGGUUCUGACCCAUUGGGCCUCCCUGUGGGAAGCGCUGGUUCCCUGCAAGUAAACCGGGAGCUCCUCCCUAGGGAUUUCCAUUAAAAUGUGGAAGCAGAAUAACAGUGAAAUAAUACGUAAACUCCUUAUGUGGGGACCUCUUUAUUCACUAAUAUUUGAAAAAGGAAAGCUUUCUACCUAUGAAGCACAUCCAGCUCCUCACACAAGAAAAGGACCUUUAAAAUAAGUCAGGUUGGCUUGAAACUUCCAUCAGGUGAUGUCCUCCCUGACUCUCCUUGCCCAUCUGUCCAUCCUGAUGCACUCUCUGUUUCUUACCAUUGAGACAAUUAAAUGACCCAUGUCCUAAAGUCGACACUUGCGUGGAAUGAUGCUGUUGCCCCGGAAGCACUAAGAGCAGAAAUGGAUCUGUUCGCCAGCUGGCCACCCAACAAUUUGUUGACACAACUCUCAGGUUUUAAUUACAAAAGGAAAUAGGCUUAAGUUUGCUUUCCUCCGACCAGUCCUCCGGCAGCCGGUAUGUGGGCUGAGGCUUAACUGGAGCAUCUUGCUCUGAGACCAGUCCAGGUGACACUUGUUUGUAGACCCCACUUUGUGCUCACCUUUCUCAUCAGACUCUCCUGAGAGUCUCGUUAGAUAGACUUAUUAAUAAAAGUAGAGUAAUAUCAAGUCUUUUUAACUUGAAAUCACAUUUUUACUUUAGGACAAUCUUUCCUCAGUCUUUUAGAGAUGAUUUGAGGUCUGGCUGCCUUUAAAGAAUAUGAACUGAUGUGCAAAUGUUUUGUGGGUUAUUUCAUCUAAGGGAGGGCAGGAUCAGUGUCCCAUCUGUAGGUAUCUGAGAGCCUUUGCAGAGGUGUGAGAAGGAAGGAAGCAGGGGAGAGCUUCAUAGUCCUCCAGGGACUUGAGAUUCAGUAUGUGGUUGCUGUGGUCUGGCGUCCAGCAAGUCACAGCUGCUGGUGCCCCCCUCCUCGGACCUGUAAAACUAUGCAGGGAACAGGCUCACUGUGUGCCCUCAGAGGCAGUCCUCUGUAAACCAGCAGGUCUGAAACGAAUUGCAAGCCGAGGCUGAGGUCAAAGCAGGCCUGGUCGGACCUUUGGCCAAGCCCUGGGUUGUGAGAGCUUUGCUCCUUGGGUGAUUUCUCCUUUGGAAAUCAAAUGGCCAACAAGCAUUGGAUUCCUGUGCCAUUUCAUGGCACUGGUACUUCCUUGGUUAACUGUAAAAACGCCUCCUUUUCAGGUUAAAAAUCCAUCUUCUAAUCCAUCUCUGAAGGUUCCUUCCCUGUGUUUCCUUGCCUGUUAGAAAGCCAAGUAUUGGUUAUGGUUAGGGAAUCAUUCCCGAGGCCUGAUCUGGGAAGCAGCCACACAUCUGAGAGAGGGGAACAUAGCUGUUUCCAGUGUCUGCCUCCAGAGAAAGGAAAAGCCCCCACUGAAAAAUAAAACAGGAGGAGGUGCUUCCAAAUCUUUUAUGGAGCCUAGAUUCUCCCACUUCUCUGCAGGCUGUGACUUCUUUAAGCAUCCUGGCAGGAAACAUUUUCUUCUCGAUGGAAAGAUAUACAGCAUCCAACCCUGACCUGGAAGACACAUCUGGACACACAUGGGCCCAAACAAGAUAGGAGUUUGCCAUUGUGAUCCAGCAGAGGAGGUGGAACGGACACUCCCCCACCAACAUCCUGGUGAGGGAGGAGCAGGCGUGGUUCUAGAGCUUUGCGGGAGACUGUUGUCUUCAGGUAGAGAAGAGUAUCUGGCAUCUUCAACUAGGUGUUCCGGGGCCAACUUGUCUCAGUGCAUAUGAGCCACAGUUGCUCUUCCAGGCAAUUUUAGCAGGAGUGAAUCAACGAGGCUCCAACACUACUCAGGAGACCCAAACCCCUUAGUAGGCUAUGGACUUUGAUUUCUCCCAACUGCUAAACAAAGGAGGGGAGAUGAUUCAAAAGUCCAGGACCAAAGGGGACAUCACAGAAACAAGAUGAAUACAUAUAUUUGUUCUUAAUGUUCUAACAUAAGAUCUGUUCUCUCUGGAAACUGGUUUUACUAGGCUUUCUGAAAGAUCUAGUGGUAAACACACACACAGUACUGAAAAGCAACCCCUGUUCCUAGUGUAAUAACUUACUGAAGUGUUCAAGUUUCCAUUAUCUUUAUUAUAACAAACCUGAUGCUUUUUUUUUUAGAACUUGUUACUCUGACUUCUGUAUAUGUUGCACUGAAAGGUUAAUAUUUAAUGUUUUAAUUUAUUUUUGUGUGAUAAGUUAAUUUUGAUUUCUGUAAUGUGUUAAUGUGAUUAGCAAUCCUUUCCCUUAAUAUCUGGAUUAUACUUAUUUAAAGAGUAGUGAGCAAUGUAAAAUGCAGUUGUUUUUCAAUAAUGUGCAUUGUUAUUCAGUUGUACUGUACCUUGUUUGGAAGGAUGAAGGAAUGAACUUUUUUUUCCUAAA